CGGUUUGAAAGUCAAACAUUUCUACAGAAAGUUUUAUAAAAACUGCGUGCAUUUAAGCAAAAAAACGAGACAAAAUAAAGAAAAUAAUGGCUGCUUUAUUUGCCUGUACGAAAUGUCACAGCAGGCACCCAUUUGAACAACUAUCCAAAUCAGAACAGCUUUGUAAAGGUUGUCGCAACUAUCAGCCAGUAGUGAAGUGCUCAGCAUGCAGGGCAGAAUAUACACCAGGAGAGAAAGGCUCCACAAAUCAUAAUUGUAAACAUUGCACUUACAAUAUCAAACUUCAUGGAGAGCCAACUGUAUGCAGGUUUUGUAACCUAACAGCUGCAUUUGUAGACAACAAAUGUCAACGAUGUACAGCAUAUGAGAAGAAAUUUGGCUCACCACUGCCAUGUGAACAAUGUAAAAUGAAAUGUGCAUUUGAUAAGUCUGAGAGGACAAGAUCCAAGAUGGACGGCAAAACUCUAUGCUGGCUGUGUGCUUUAGCAUAUAAGCGUGUUUUAGAAAAGGCGAAACAGCGACAGGAACAAAAACGACAGGGAUUAAGAUCUAAUCCUAGUAGCUAUGAUAAACUUGACAAGCUAGAUAAAGUAGAAAAUAAACUUGAAAAAAAUGAAAAUACAAGUUCAGGUAGUAAUAGCCGAGAUAAAAUCUCACCGUUUGAUAAUGCAAGUAAUUCCCAGCCUGCUAAAACUCCUCAGAAAGAUUCGAAAUCUCUCUUAAAUUUGUCUGUUGGGGAAAAGUCAACACCACCCUCAUUUGCAUCUUCAUUUGAUUUUCUUCGUGAACACAAAGAUGAAAAAAGCAAUGACUCAAGUGAUGUAGUAACAAAAGUGAAGGAAGAAGGAAGUAAAGAAGGGCAUAAUAAACAUCGUCAUCAUCAUCACCACCACCAUCAUCACAAGUCAAAGCAUCAUCAUCAUCACAAAAGAUCUCAUAGCCCCCGUUCUCCUAGCAAACGGCCUCGUCUAGAAAACAGUGACUCUAAUGGAAUGACUGGUACUCUUACACCAACUAAAACAUCAGUGUUGGCAACAGAGAAAUCUCCUGUAGACCCAAACAGUUCUGAGCAUAUUAUAGCAAUCAACAGACUACAGGAGCAACUAGAUAACCUCAAAAAACAACUUAGUCUCAAGGAUCAGCAACUCUUAGAAAAGAGAAAAAGGUACUCAAUUGCUUGUACAAGAAAACUUUAA